GUAGUAGUUCGGUGCCCGGCUCCGCGCUGGGGCUAAUGCUGGACUCGCCGCUCCUCCCUGCGGUACCGCUGCGCUGCCCUCCCUAGCGCCCCCGCCCCAACAGUGGUAGGGCCCGCGGCGCCGGCCGGGUCUGCGCUGCGCUGGGACAAGCUGAUGGAGCCACCUGCCGCUGCUGGUUUCAGGCUGAUCAAAGAAGAUACAGAAGAUGAUUAUGAACAAGGUUCUAGUCUGAUCCGAGAAGAAGAAACAGAAGAUGAUGUUGAACAAGGUUCCAAUCUCUUCGUCGAAGAGGAAGAAUCUCAGACUGAAGAAGAUGGUGAACAGUUAGUGAAAUUGACUGAAGAUGACUUGAGCAGUAAUAGGAUCAUACUCACAAGUGGCAUUCAGGAAUGGCCAGAUGGUUCCAGUUACAAAGGGGAAUUUGGAUUUGAUCUAAAGCUUGGUUAUGGAGAAUUCUCAUGGGUCAAUGGUGAGAGAUAUGUGGGGCAGUUUUACAAGGACCAUCGCCAUGGCAAAGGGAUGUAUUUUUGGCCAGACAGUUCCAAAUUUGCCGGUUCAUUUUAUCUUAGCCAUAAAGAAGGAUAUGGGACUAUGGAAUUCAAGGAUGGCAGAAACUAUCAGGGACUAUACAAGGCCGAUGAGCGUUUUGGACCAGGAGUUCAGAGCUAUCCAGAUGGCUCUCAAGACGUUGGCUUGUGGCUCAGGAAUCACAUAAUUAAACUAUGUACUGAAAUACCUGGACAUUUUUGUCUCCUGGAUUACCCAGAACACCACAGCUAUUUUGAUGCUGAUUCCCAGAGAGAGUAUCUUUCUGAUGAGGAAAUUCCAUUUUGGGAUCUGAAUGAGGAACAGGACCCAUUUUUCUACAACUACAAACGUCUCCUUUUAGAUGACAAUUACACAUUGCCUGAAAAAAUGUACAUAUACUCAACUGAUACAGAUCACCUUCCCCUGACUCGCAUCUUCCGUAAAGAGUUUGAUUCCCAAUAUUUUCAGAACAACAAAAAGUUGUAUGAUGAACAACCAUGGCCUAUUAAAAACACAAGCCCUUUAAUGGUUAGAAUGCAGAAGCACAUCUAUAAAUACAGGCAUUGUCAAACAGAGAUCAGUUGGGAUAUCAACAUCAUUCUGAAUGGAAGCCGAGACACCUUUGGACCCAAGGGCCCCAAAGAGCUUUCUUCGGAGCAGCUGAUUCAGAAGGCAGCAGCAGGAGACUUCAAUAGCAUUUAUGAGAUUCUGAGGGACAGCUUAGCUCAUCCAGAUGUCGCUGACAUGCAUGGAUACACUGCACUUGCUGCUGCUGCUACGAAUUACCAUGACGACAUCAUUAAUCUUCUUCUUGAUAAUGGAGCUGAUGUGAAUAAAUGCAGCGAUGAAGGAUUAUCAGCCCUAUCAAUGUGCAUUAUUCUUUAUUACCCAGUAGAAUCAUUUAAGGCUAAUAUUGCUGAGAGGAACUUUAAAAAAGAUGAGGAUGAGCAGUUGGAAGCUGGAUCUGCACAACUUCCAUUGGCAUCAGCAAAACAGAAAUGCUUAACAGGCCCUGUUCAUCAGUCAGCUGUGGUACCUCCUAUGUCUGGGGAAAAGGCAGAAUCUGUUUCAGAUGAUAGAAAUGCAUUGGACGAAAUGGACCGUGCAAGUUUAGAAAAGAGGACUGGCUGCAGCACUGAAACCGACUUUGAGUCGAAUCGUACUGUUUUCAACUAUGGAAUCGAGGUUUCUCUGGAAGCUUUGCAGCAGAGUGCAGAUGCCUUCAGCCAGUGUUUGCUGAGAGUACCCUCCUAUGCCUGUGUCAAUGGAUAUGGUGGGGCUGAAGGCACCGUGAGAAAAAUGGCGUUUUCAAUAUCUGAACACCAAAAGAGAUGGACCACGGUCAAACUACUUCUCCGCAGAGGUGCAGACCCCAAUGUUUGCCGGAUCCCUCUGCAUGUCCUAUUCUUUGCUGUUAAAGCUGCAGAUGUAGGAGCAGUGAAACUACUAUUAGCAGCAGGAGCAAGGACUGACAUACGACUUCCAUCCAGGCUGGGAGGUCUAAUGCCUCUUCAUAUUGCUGUAGCCAUUCCUGGUGAAGAAGGGGUCAAGAUAACGGAAUUAAUCCUUCAUUCAGCUACAGAUCCCGAUGCAAGGGCAGGAGACGAAGAUGAUGUAUAUGCACCAGACUGGAAUGAGCCUGCUGAAUCACCAGUUAUUAUUGCCAUGAAACUUAAUAAUGAAACUGGACCUCCUAGCGAAUACUACUCAUCUUCUAGUCUUGUCCCAGAGGAAGGUGGGAGGACUCCUUUGCAUAUUGCCUGUGAGAGAGAGGAUAACCCCAAGCAUGUCAGAGAUGUUGUCCACCUCCUCUUAACUCAUAAGGCAAAUCCUAACACCUUGUGGAGUGGCCAUUCACCCCUUUCCCUGGCAAUUGCCAGUGGGAAUGAUUUGGCAGUGACGGAACUCUUAGCAUAUGGAGCUGACCCCAAUCUUCCAUUAAGCAACGGAAUAGGUAGUGCCCUUUGUGCUGCUGUUAACACUACAUAUGAACAGAAAAGGACCAUAGCAAACAGGAUUUUAUUGAUUGAUAAACUAAUUGAGGCUGGUUCAGAUAUGUUGAUGCCAAUUACUCUUAGCCAAGGGAGGAGGACUGCAGUGGGAACUGUGGUAGACUAUGCAUAUUAUAAAUACUUUCAGGAUAAGAAGAUAGCACAUACUCCAUACCACGCAUUAUUGCCGCCAGAACGGGAGAUUUUCAAUGCACGCAGGGAGCUGCUAGAGUACAUUAGUGACCGGCUUCGUGAGUGUGUUAUCUUAAAAGAGAGAGAAUGGGAUAGAGAAGAACUUCGGAAAUCCAGGAAACUAGAUGUAAGUCCUCGUGCUCCCUCAGCUAGAAGGAAACGUGUGGACAAGCGUGCUGCAGUAACGCUACCGCGGGAGGAAGUGAGGCAGCCCUUCUUUAAAUACUGCUACCAGUGUGGGCGGGCUAUAGGGAUUCGACUCACUCUUUGCACACGCUGUUACGAGAUCUUCACUUGCAGCAAGGCUUGUAAAGUCAAAGCCUGGAAUGAGCGUCACAAGCGCGAGUGCUUAGGAGCUCCAGAAACCCUGGGGAUAAAGGAAGUAUGGAAAUGUAUCAAAUGCUUUAUCAUUACUGCUACUGCUUCAGUGCGUGUGGGAGAAGGAGGAAAUACGGGAAAGAACACUAGUUGCAGUACACACCCCAAACCACUAGAUGGCAAUAAAAACUAUCAAAUAAUGUGGUAGGCGCUAGUUGAAAAUCAAUACAACGCAUUAAACAAAAAGAUACUAAAGUUUUCCAAUAAGACCUUGACUACAAGAAAACUAAGUUCUUGACCAACCAGGGUGAUGCUGACCUUGCUAGAAUAUGGUCAUUUUUUUGGCUCCUUCAUCAUGCUGACCAACCUACUGUUGCAUAUUGAUCACAGCAAACAAGUCAGGACAGUGGGAAGGACUUCUGCUGAGAUGGGCAACCUCUCCUGUGACAGUAAUAGUGACCAUUUAAUGCAAAUGAACUUUUUCCUUCCCAUGUGAAUUAAUAAUAAAGACGAAAAAGCAACAACAAAGAAGCCAUAUUCAACCUCAUGGAUCUCGUUUACGUCUUAAGAAAUAUGACAGCAGCAUGAUCAGAAAAAUGAAGUGUUGAGACUACACCUGAGAUAUGAUUAACUAAUAUCCAGGCAGUAAACAGCGGUGAAGUUACCAUUGUGUUGACUCCAGUACAUGUAGCUGUGUUGGAGGAUUCUGUUGGAAAAAACAUAGACCUUCUGCUUUAUAAGUAACAAAAAUCUAAGACGUCUGCUAAAACUUUCAGGAUGAUGAGCCUUCAGUCCAAGCUGUUCCUUGAGCCAAGAAACUACAUAUGAGUGCUACAUUAUAACUGGAAUGUCAGUGAUGGAAAAAUUCUCCUAAAUCAUAUUCCUUCAAAAGCUAAGAAAUUCUGGCAUUAGCCAUCCCAAACCACUUCUACAAAUCCCAGAUGUCCUCCUUUUCAUAAUAGCUGCUUAUCAUUUUGAAAACAAAAAUUUAAGCUUGGGUUAGGAGCAAUCAAGAUUGAGCUCAGCAGAAGUACUUUAUGAUAUUAGUACUCUGAAUAUAUUCACUUGCUGAGUUGUUGCAAGGGAAAAGCUCCAGAUUGGCUGAGAGAGGUCUUGUGACUGCCGUGGUGAGCUGUGAUAGCUCUAUUGUAAAAUGCUGCUAUUCACCUCAUCUUCUCAGAACAGCAAGACCCAUCUAGAGACCUGCCACUUGACCUUUACUUAUGUAACCAAAAUGUUGAAACACAAAUGGGAAGUUGAAGAAAAAUGUCUAAUUAAAAGUGAUGGAAAAUUGUGUGCUUAGCAAAAAAAAGUUGAGGGCCUGGCAUCAAAGGCCAAUGUUAUUAGUUAGCUUCCAGUGGGAAUCACUAUAUUGAUAAAUAAUGGUAUCGGCUAUAAGAGUUAGACAUGCAGGGAGUAGCCAUCAGACUGUGAAGACAAAAUGCUGGACUGGUACCAUGGUGGCCUUCAAAAGCAGAACAAGAGUAAUACAGGCUCUUUGGAAAAGAGCGGAGGACUAAGAAAACACUUGCUCCCAACACAAUCUGCCGUAUGUAUUUUAUACAUACCUGAGGACUUUGGCACAUCUUUGGAGCAGUGUCUUUGCCAAAUUCUAGUAUUUCCAAACCAUUGAAAUGGCACGUGUGGGGUGCAUGUUGCAAAGCUGGCUUUCGGCAGAUGCUUUUUUAAUGUAUUUGCUGCGCCUAGUCAGAGUAUAGUGCUGACUAUUGUAGGUGUUUCUUUUUGAAGGUUUUAUUCUGCCAUGAAAAAUGCUAAAGGUAGAGUCCUGGAGACUACAUUCAGCUUGUCCGCAAGAGCGGUACUGUAUGGAUAGUCGCUGUGAAAGUGAGAGAGUCUCUGAACCCCGUCAGCGUUUGAUCGCUACUGAAAGACUGUCCUUGAAGGGUUCCAAUUUGUACAAGGUUCAGCUGUGGUUUGUGGAGAGCUGACUUGUUCCGUAUGGACUGGACUGAGACUACAAACACAUUUCACACAAGCCAACAACCCUCUGUUGAUGGGAGCAAUUUUUCAGUCAUGCCUAACUUGGCUAUAUUUCAUAUGGUGACUUGUAGAUGAAAGGCUCCAUAUGUCAUAACCAGAUCCAUGAGCAGAGCCAACCUGGAGGAUCACUUUAAUUGUUUUUGAAGGAGCUGUAUAGAGCCUGUCAUGAAGUUAUGCUAACUGAACAUGCUGUGAUAUGGCUUAAUGGCACGUACGUAUGAUGACGUUCCUUUAGAUGGAAGAAGUGUUCACUAGGCUGGAGUGUAGAAAUCAUACAGUUAAUUGAUUAUGAACCAGUACCUCAUGCUAUAGAUCACUCUAGACAAUGGAGACUGCAAGGACUCUUAAAGAUCCCCUUAGCUCUGAUUUUCCCACAAAGUAAUGAGUUAAAACUGGAAGUGCCAUCAGACAUAAUCCUUACCCCGGCCCCAAGAAUUCCUGUGAGAUGGCUGUGUUUUUUCUGCAUUGAAAAAGAGUAGGAAUCUGGUGAUUCCAGAUUCCAACAAUGCCACUCACUGCUCAGCGGUAGAUCACUGAAAACUUGGCAUGCUCCCUUUUUAACUUUAUCCAGAGAUUUCUUUUUAAAGACAUGUUCCU